UCUUUUAUUCACAUUGUGUUUGUUUUAUUUCUUAUGUGUGCCGGCCGUCUUUCCGUUUGAAGUGCUGAAGUUUCUCAGGAAAAUAUGUCCUCAAACAGUGAUUAUCGCGAAGAAAUUCCAAGAUGUUUACUCGAUCAGUUACUCUAUGUCGAACGAAUCGCUUUACACCGGAAAUAUUCAGUGCUUGUUCUAAUAACAAAGAGUUACCGCAUGUUAGAAGUUAAAGAGCGCGCUAUUUUGAGUACGAUUGAUUUGGAGAAGUUUUUGCACAAACACGAAUCAACAUCUGUGUACAGUUUUUUUGGAACCAUCUCACCGGAUGAGAAUCCUGCACUGGCUGGCAAGAAUGAAGUUUCAUUGGCUGUAUUCCGUUCAAACGACGGUAUCGAGCGGAAGAUAUUCUAUCUUGUUUCAAUCGAUCACAAGCUGGUGAUUGUUGAGAGAAAAGACCAACCGGCUGUGAAAUAUGUCCACAUUGAAACGUAUGAACGUUACAUCAAGCAUGAAAUCACCGGGAGAGAAGACUGUCCCGGGCUUCCUGUGGUUAAGAUUUAUGUGGAAUACCAACUAGAUCCAAUUGUUACUGACUUCCAGUCCUACAAAACCGAAGGCACCGAAAAUUGUGUGAACAACUUCACCUGUUUCGAAGACACUCUGAAGACCCUGAGGGAGCAAACCAAUAAAAGCCGAGCCGAGCUGGCCACGAUUCGUUCGACGACAGGAGAAUUAUUUGAGCGGCUCAACGACAGAUUCAAGCAAGUGCCCGGUCUGCUUCGAACUGAGAACCCUGACGAAAAACGUCCCCUGGUAAAGUACGGCGAUGUUUGGAUAAAAGUGCACAACGAACAGCUGGUACUGGGGAUUCCGAUUUUUAACUGCACUUACAAAAGGCGUCUUACGCUGAUUAACUUAAGCUUGUUACUGAACAAUCGUUCGAGGAACCAUUUCGAGUAUUCGUUCAAGUUCUACCAGUUGCAAGAUGAUGAUUUUGAAUUUAAAAACUACGAGCAAAUAUUACAAGCAGAGGAUAUUAUAUCUGACGUACCGCUGUUCCAGCAGGAGUGGGGCAUACCGAAGAUUAACGCACUUCACUCUGAGCAAACGGCUGUCUUUAUCGCCACGAUGAAACUUUCCUCAGCGCUUGAUCAACGAGAAUUUUCCACCGUUUUUGAAUGUUUCGUAAACUAUAACGUCGCUACGGUGGAGCAAGAUUUAUGCGACCCCCUACAGCUGUUCGUGGGAAACGUUGAGGUAACCAGAAAAGACCUCUACAGUCAGAGGUUGGCAAUUUCUUUCGAUGACCAACGAUACCUAGCCAAUGAUCUGCUAGCAGUGACGGCAACAUCGGAGUUCCUGUCUCUCAAAAUCACGUUUCUAAAAAAUGCCACCUAUGGGCUUGACCGCUUUUGCAGAGAAGAAUUAAAAUUUCACCAAGUAAGCUUACCCUCUGGCACGGAUCAGCAGGAACCUUCGUGCUUAUUUUACUAUGCUGAUAGCGGAUACUGGCAGGCGGUGUUGAUAAGAUUAGACGAGCAGAAAACAUCCACACAAAAGAUAAAACUCUACGCUAGAUACAAACAUCAAAUUUUUACAUUCCUACAAGCUAUUCAUUCCGAUUAUGAAGAGCAGUGUUCUGUUACUCUCUCAGAAAAUCAAACCCCAUCGCUGUUGGAGUUCAAAGAGAGUAUACUGAAAGAACUGAAGAUAAAAAUCGAUAAUCCAUCAGCCACACAGGAGAUCCUUUCUCGCGAACUAAAAACCGACUGUAUCUAUUCAACACUAAAAAUAAACUGAAUCAGGCAAGACCCGUUUCUUCCAAGACCGUCGCUGUUUUCAUUGUACCGGUUAUCCUCGUCGCGCAGGAUUUCAACGGAAACGAAAACUAACGGAUCGUCCGAGGGUAAAUAAUGGCAAGUGGUUGAACAGAACUGGACGUGGAUCAGCUUCCAGAUUACCGAUGGGACGUUCUCGACAACUGGUCAAAUGAACCGUUACAAUAAGUAUGUAUAUUAUACCUGAACGCCAGUCUGAAAACUGCGAUCGUUGCUAGCAGUUGGUCAUUUUUACUCGAUUGGUUUUUUUUUUGAAAUUAUGAUGACUAUUACUGGUACCUAAUUACUAUGGCUAUUGUGGUGACAUAACGGUAAGCAACUAAUUUUUGCAUUCGGCUUGUAUUUGAGCAAAAAGUAAGUCAUUGGUUAACGAUGAUCGCAAUGAAGCGUUAUUGGUAAUGCAAAAAGAACAGUUUCGACCGCAAUUUGCCUACCAAUAGAAGGAUUAAAUCACGGGCAACUUGGUAAAAGUUGAGAAGUAACAAAUGUGAACAAACAUUUUUAACUGUACCUAACAGUUCAAUUCUUUUUCAGCUAUAUAUUAAAAAAACCUUUCAUGUUUGCAAAAAA